UGUUAUCGAUUGUACUUUAAGCCUAUCAAUUGCACCUAAAUACCAAAAUAGAGAAGUCGAGCAAUAUUUAUGAUAUAAUAUAAAAAUGCGGUUUACAAAUAGUUUGUGGGCGCAACAUUUAGGAUGGACAUUCAAGAGACAUUGGUUAGUUCAAGGAAAAAGAAUACCUCGUGAUACCGGAGCUGCCGCAGAGUUAGAAAAAUGUGGAAAAUUGGUUAAAAGCUUUGAUUUAGUGGAGUCGCAAAAAAAGUCAAUUCAACAUGAAAGAUUACAUGCGUUUGAAAAAGAAAAAGAUACACAUGACCGAUUGCAAGCAACGCCGGGAUAUUUAUUUGGUAACAACAAUGUGUUGGUGGAAGGAUUGCCCCAAGCUCUUUUGCUUACUAAAACCAUUGAGAUAUCUGAUUUACCAGAGAGCCUACAACAGUCUGUUAAUAAUAUUCAAUUCACGGCGUUACAGGAACGUGGUAUCAAAAUGGCAAUUUUGGGUUCCAAUGUAUUUUCCGCAGAUCAAGCAAAACUGCCAAAAAAGCGAAGUCACCUACGUCCUGAAUAUAAUCUGCCACGAGAGUAUAGUAUUCCAAAGGAACGAAAAAUAACAUUGUUGUUAAACAAACUUCUAACGGAAUGUGAAAAAUAUGCUGGCCCGAAUAUAACUUCCCAACGCCGCUUAGUCAAUAAUGUUAAUUUUAACGUUACCGUGCUAAAAAAUGAAACUUUAUUGCAAUUUGGAAUUGACGCCCAGAAGAUGAUUACUUCAAGUCGUCCUAUUAAGCCAAUCAAAGGCAAAUAUGAUGGAGAACUGCCAGAUUUACAUCCUUUGAAAUGUACAAUAUCCCUACCCAAACACAGCAUAUACGCGAAUGAAACAAGUUAUCCAUUUAGCACGAACUUAGGUUGCUCCCAUCCCCAUACAAUAUUUCUGCAGUUCGAUAACGAGAAAGUAAAAAAUAUACAUGAUGUGGAAGUGACUAAUUCUCAAUUUCAAAGUCGGAACAUGUUAAAAGCAUUUAGUGUAGCCGCAGCGAGAGCUAGACAGCUUUAUGGCAAUACCGCUGUUGAUUUUUCUAACCCCAUCGUUGUUCAAAGUAUACAGACAGAUGGACGUACUUUUCAUUUUGGCGUAUUCCAAUUAAACACCUUACGUCUUGAUGACUCGGAAGGUGUUAAGAAUUAUUGGUUUAACACAUGCAAUCAGGAUCUAUUUCAUACAUGUCAAUAUGUUACUGGAAAGCCGGUUUUGGAGGAUUUCAAUAGGGAUGUUCUUCGAUACUUGUAUGCAUUCUAUUGCAAUUCAUAAUCGAUUAAAGGAUGUAAUUCCAUAUAUAUGUAAAUAAACUUGAACAUUUACACAUAUGACACAAUACAGAAAUCAA